AUGGCUUUUCAUAAUGUCGAUCUUGAGGAAGAAAGCGAUCCAUUACUAAAUAAUGAUUCCAGCUUUAUAACUCUCAUAUCUGAUGUAUCAAUUGAAAUAAAAAUAGAUUAUGAUGAUUUGAUAUUGGAUGAACCAUUCGAUCAAUAUAAAGAUAUUAAUUCUGAAAAUAAUUCAAAAAAAUUUGAAAAGCAAUAUAAACGAAUUCAUAUUGCUACUCCAAUAAAUCCAUUUAAUGAUAAUGAAGAACAAAAAUUUCUUUUUAAUAUAAGUAACAGGGAAGAAGUAGAAAUAGAUACAUCAAUAUUUGUUGAAGAGAAUAAUGAUAUUUAUGAAAUAUUUAAUGUAGAACAUUGGAAUAAGAACACUUGGCAGGAUCGGACUUCAACAAAGGAUCAAGACUUAUUGACAGGAUCGAUAACAUCAGAUAGUCUUCGAGGAUCACGAACACUUGACAGGAUCGAUAAAUACCAUUUUCUUCAAAGGAUCACGACACUUUCAGCGGCAUCGAACAUCUUUCAAAGAUCACGACCUCUUGACAGGAUCGACAAAAGCGGAUUGUUUUCUAACAAGUAUCAAUAUCUCUUGCAAUGGGAUCGAAUUUCAGUUGUAUAUCUUCGUAUAUUUCUUCCAAGGUAUGAGAAAAUCUUUUCAAGUCCUAACACCACACCAUAA